AUGCCUCCAACACCCACAGCGUCAACCUCAUCGGAUCCCUUCUCUGAACCAGAGAAUUUUGACUCGAGAAAUGACUCACACGAGACUUACACCGCAUGGCGUCCGCCGACUGCCACCACCACCAGUCAUACCGUUCACACAAUCGACAAUAUAACCGUCGAACCUCGCUCAUUCGACCCUUCUUCACUUCUCCCCGGCGGAAAGACGGCACUAUCUGGCAUAUCUGUGCGAGCAUUCUUCCUCGGAAUCGCCCUCGGAAUCUCCUCCGUAAUCACAAUCUUGCUUGCAUGGCAACAGAUCCGGCUUUGGCGCGUGUCGUUUUUCGUCUCGUCGCUAUGCGUCUUCCAUUUCCUCGAGUUCUGGGUCACGGCGCAGUACAACACUCGCAAUGCAGAUGUGUCUGCGUUUUUACUGGGCUCUAACGGCGCAGCUUACAAUAUUGCUCAUGGAUCUGCCGUUCUCGAGUGCUUGAUUUCGCAUUGGCUUGCGCCUAAUGGCUAUUUUUUCGACCCGGAUUCCAAAAUUUCAGUCAUGAUCGUGCUCACGGGUGUAAUACUGAUGUUUAUCGGCCAAACCGUGCGAACACUAGCAAUGGCAACUGCGGCGGGCAACUUCAACCAUAUUGUGCAAACAGAGCGCGAUGUUCGUCACAGGCUAGUGACAAGCGGAAUAUACAGUCUGCUGAGACAUCCAAGCUACUUUGGCUUCUUCUGGUGGGGUCUGGGAACCCAGUUGGUGCUCCAGAAUGUUGUCUGCUUCGUUGGCUUUACGGUUGUCUUGUGGCGCUUUUUCCAGUCGAGAAUAGAGGGUAAGUUUGCUUUCUCUUCUUCUUCUCUUCCUCCUUACCUACUUGGAAUCAUUGCUGAUAAUAAGGUUUUUAAUGCAGGCGAGGAGAAACAUCUUGUUGCGUUUUUCCAGAACCAUUAUGUUGAAUAUAGAAAGAAGACUACCGUUGGGAUCCCAUUCAUAGCGUAA